UGGCGUUGUCAGGCCAGCCUGUACUGCGGUGGCGGGCAAGCCCGUUUCUGGUCUGUCACGCCGAAGAGCAAUCCGGGCAACAUGAAUGAGGCUGAAGGCCUGCGGCAGCGCCGCCCUAUCCGGCCGCAAGUGAUCACCGAGGACAACACGGCUCAAGAGACCAAGGGUAGCAGCACUUACAGCAACAAGGUAUUCCGUGUGACUUUCAUGACUCUGGCAGUAUCACUAAUUAUUCCCUUAAUUGGAGCAAUAAUUUUUCUGGAUUGUCCAAUAGACCCUCAGCCAAUUAGCUUCAAACAACCUCCUGUCCUCACUGGUACGUUAGAGCCAAACUUUAAGCUCCGACAAGCAGAAAGACUUUUUGAAAACCAACUUGUUGGACCAGAAUCUAUUGCAAAUAUUGGUGAUGUGCUGUUCACUGGUACUGCCGAUGGAAAAAUUCUGAAGAUUGAAAAUGGGGAAAUACACACACUAGCCAAACUUGGCCAUGGUCCUUGUAGUGCCAGAGAAGAUGAACCCGCAUGUGGGAGACCUCUUGGAAUCCGUGUUGGACCAAAGAACACCCUUUUUGUAGCAGAUGCUUACUAUGGACUCUUUGAAAUAAAUCCUGUCACAGGGGAAGUGAAGCUGCUUGUGUCUUCCACCACUCCCAUUGAAGGGAAGAACAUGUCUUUUGUGAAUGAUCUUACACUGACUCGGGACGGAAGGAAAAUCUACUUUACUGACUCCAGCAGUAAAUGGCACAGAAAAGACUACUCCUUAUUAAUCAUGGAGGCCUCAGAUGAUGGACGCUUACUUGAAUACGACACAGUGACAAAGGAGGUGAAAGUCUUAAUGGGGGGUCUCAGAUUUGCAAAUGGAGUUCAGCUCUCACCUGCUGAAGACUUUGUGUUGGUGGCUGAAACAACUAUGGCAAGAAUACGAAGAUAUUAUGUGGCUGGCCUAAUGAAAGGUGGGGAAGACAUGUUUGUAGAAAAUUUGCCUGGUUUUCCAGACAACAUACGUUUAAGCAGUUCUGGAGGUUAUUGGGUGGCUAUGUCAGCUAUUAGAGCCAAUCCUGGAUUUUCUAUGAUGGACUUCUUAGCUGAAAAACCAUGGAUUAAAAGAAUAAUAUUUAAGCUGCUCAGUCAAGAAACUGUGAUAAAAUUUGUGCCAAAAUACAGCCUAGUAAUAGAACUAAGUGAUACUGGAUCCUACAAAAGAAGCUUCCAUGAUCCGAAUGGAAUGGUGGCGACGUACAUAAGUGAAGCACAUGAACAUAAUGGACAUCUCUACUUGGGCUCCUUCCGGUCUCCUUUUAUUUGUAGACUGAACCUCGAGGAUGUCUAAAUCUCUGAUCCAAAAGCAAUACCGCUGUUGUCUUGAAUUACUCUAGAAGAACAAAAGAGGAUUACUCAGAAAUUUUGGCCAAGGAAGAAGGAUGGAAGCACAGUCAGUCAUGAGCACUGUAGCAGUAUGUAACUAGCAGGAUUCAGAGCUUGAACACUCCUUAUUUUAAGCAUGUUAUGCCAUAAACAACCAAUGGAAAAAUCCACUACUGUCUUGUGCAAUUCCCAUUAAAUUCGGCUGGCUGUGUUGAAGAGAUUCCUGGUGCAUUGUGCCCAAUUUGUGGCAUCUUUACUUACCUUUAAGGUAAAUACAAAAUUACCUCAUGAAACUAAAUGUGUUACAUUCAAUAACAUUCUUUAGAAGCUGCUUUCACUACUGAAAGAUGUUACACAUAGACAUACGUGGUCAGCUUUCCAUACUUCAAAAUAUUACACCGAAAAUACAUCGUUAACUGAAGUUGCUAGUCUGAGAUGAUAUCUCUUGCAUGCAUUUAUUUCCAAUUUGGGACUAUCUUUAUAGGCAUGUUUUUUAAAGCAUGCAUAUUGUCAUAUCUAUGCAUUCAUAGAUGUAUUAAUAAAUUGAACUUGACUACAAGUAUCA